CGACCGCCUAUGAGCAUCUGAAGCUGCAUAUCACACCUGAAAAAUUUUAUGUGGAAGCUUGUGAUGAUGGAGCCGAUGAUGUACUUACCAUCGACCGAGUGUCCACAGAGGUUACCCUCUCAGUCAAGAAAGAUGUUCCUCCUUCAGCUGUCACAAGACCAAUAUUUGGUAUAUUGGGCACAAUCCAUCUGGUGGCAGGUAACUAUCUUAUUGUCAUUACCAAAAAGACAAAAAUAGGUGAAUUUUUCAAUCAUGUAAUCUGGAAAGCAACAGAUUUUGAUAUCCUUUCUUAUAAGAAGACAAUGUUGCACUUAACUGAUAUUCAGUUACAAGAUAAUAAAACUUUCCUAGCAAUGAUAAACCAUGUCUUGAAUGUGGAUGGAUUUUACUUUUCAACAUCAUAUGAUUUGACCCAUACAUUGCAGCGGCUGUCCAACACUAGUCCAGAAUUCCAAGAAAUGAGUCUUUUGGAAAGGGCAGAUCAGAGGUUUGUAUGGAAUGGUCAUCUUCUAAGAGAACUUUCUGCUCAGCCAGAGGUUCAUCGGUUUGCCCUGCCAGUGCUGCAUGGCUUUAUUACUAUGCACUCGUGUUCUAUCAAUGGAAAAUACUUUGAUUGGAUUCUCAUCUCAAGAAGGAGUUGUUUCAGAGCUGGUGUGCGCUACUAUGUGAGAGGGAUUGAUUCCGAAGGCCACGCAGCGAACUUUGUAGAAACAGAGCAGAUCGUGCACUACAAUGGGAACAGGGCUUCCUUUGUGCAGACGCGAGGAUCAAUACCAGUUUUCUGGUCCCAAAGACCAAACCUCAAGUACAAACCACAGCCCCAGAUCAACAAAGUAGCAAAUCAUUUGGACGGUUUCCAAAGGCAUUUUGAUUCACAAGUGAUUAUUUAUGGAAAGCAAGUUAUACUCAACCUGGUUAACCAGAAGGGCUCAGAGAAGCCUCUUGAACAGACGUUUGCAACAAUGGUGUCUUCCUUGGGAAGUGGAAUGAUCAGAUACAUUGCCUUUGACUUCCAUAAGGAAUGUAAAAAUAUGAGAUGGGAUCGACUAAGUAUUUUGCUGGAUAAGGUAGCAGAAGUGCAGGAUGAAUUAAGUUAUUUUCUAGUGGACUCUGCUGGCAAGGUGGUGACCAACCAGGAAGGCGUGUUCCGCAGCAAUUGCAUGGAUUGUCUAGAUAGGACCAAUGUGAUCCAGAGCUUGUUAGCUCGCCGUUCACUUCAGGCCCAGCUUCAGAGACUAGGAGUUUUGCAUGUGGGACAAAAGCUUGAAGAGCAAGAUGAAUUUGAGAAGAUUUACAAAAAUGCCUGGGCUGACAAUGCGAAUGCUUGUGCCAAACAGUAUGCGGGAACUGGUGCCUUGAAGACUGACUUUACCAGAACUGGGAAGAGAACUCAGUUGGGACUUUUAAUGGAUGGCUGGAACUCACUAGUACGGUAUUACAAGAACAACUUUUCUGAUGGAUUUCGACAAGAUUCCAUAGACUUAUUUCUUGGGAACUAUUCCGUGGAUGAAUUAGAAUCUCAUAGUCCUUUAAGUGUUCCAAAGGAUUGGAAAUUCCUGGCUUUGCCUAUCAUUAUGGUUGUUGCCUUUUCAAUGUGCAUUAUCUGUUUGCUCAUGGCUGGUGACACGUGGACAGAAACACUGGCCUAUGUGCUCUUCUGGGCAGUUGCAAGCAUUGGAACAUUUUUCAUUAUCCUUUACAAUGGCAAAGAUUUUGUCGAUGCUCCCAGAUUGGUCCAGAAAGAAAAGAUAGACUGAAUUUGUGUUUGUGGAAAGCGGCUUGGCUUGGAAGAUUCCAUCAUGCAGAACUGGAGUCUUUACUGACCUGCUUUCCACAUCAGCCUGAGGUCUUUUUAAAGCCUUUCUUAAAAAACACAUCUGUGCUCUGUGCAGUGGUGACAACUAGAAAUGAUCUGAUGGUCCUGCCUUGAUGAUCUCUCUGCCGUUGGGAUGGUUAUAUUUAUCACUUGGAGCUGUUCUAUAAUUAAAAUGUAACUUGAAUUCAGCUCACAGAAUGGAAGAAAUCUAUUCAUUGUCAAUCUAAUCAACUGUUGCAGAAUAAGUAAUAUAUAUUAAAAAUCUAGCUUCUUUCAUUAUUUAAAAUAGGAAAAUUAUUUUUCUAGCUCGGUUUCAUUAUUGUCAUUGUAGAAGCAGUCACUCUUAGCAAGCAUACUUUCCCACACAGCUUUUGACUUUUCUUAAAAGUUUAGUAGUAAGCUAACUCCGGUAUGUUUAUAAGAUGUAAGCCCUUGACAUACGUCAGGGAGUUUGACAAAGUGGUCUGUGACUUCAUGGGAGGGAGGGAAGAACGGUCGGGUGUUCUUGGGAAGUUUUGGUUGCGUUGCCUCAUAAGUUCAGUCAGCUUGAACUGCUGCAGCUGGACCAGCAGUUUUAAGUAUGAUGACAAAGUUCAGAUGUACUUUAUCUUUUUUAAAAGGUGUAAAUCAAAGAAUGUAAAGUCUAUCUCUUGAGCUAAAGGUCCAAAGCCGCCUCUAUUUUAAGGAUUGCCCCAGUGUGGAAAACAGCCCUGGCUGGUCAGUCACUUCCUCUGCACAUUCCGGUUUCUCCGGGGGCCUUUUGUCGUGAGUGCAGGCCUCCCCGAGGGUCUUGUGCUGGAGGUGAUGAUGCACGUGGGCAGCUUCUUUUUCACGCUGGUACCGUGGAUGCCUUUCACUCUGUAAAGGUUUCUGUUGGCAUCCGAUAAGUCUGUCUCAAAUUUAGUGCUUCCAGGUAGUUAUAGUUCUCCUAAUCAAGGACCAACUUCAACUUUAAUUUAUGUGCAGAAAUAAACCUGAAAAUAUGCUUUAGAAGUUGUGUGUAGUUCUAAUUGUAAGUUGGAUUGUAUAUUCAAAUUGUAAUUACAAGGUUUACAUAUUAGAAAAGUAUGUAAGGUAGUGUCAUUGCCAUUGUUUUAAAACUACUCAUUUAAACACUGCUGCAAUGUUGCAUUGUUGGGCUUGAAGAUACGUACAGUAUUUUUCAAUAGUAAUACCUUAUGUUGUCCUUAAAUACUUCUAAAAGCACCUUUGUUGCAGCAUUGCCUUUUUUUCAACCUUACCUUUUAUAAACGUUAAUAAGAGUUGUUGCUUUUAGAAACUCUAAAGGAAAUACUAGCUGGGAAAGCCUCUGUAGCUUAAAAUCAGCCAUUAAAACUGGCAAUAGGUAAGAAAGUAGAGCUGCCUAUUCUUAAUAUGUAAAUAAGUAUAAUUUGUUCCAAAGAUACCUGGAAGAUUGAAAUGUAGUCCAUGUCUGUUGUAAUAUAUUAUUCAAAUGCUACUGGGCAUUUCACAUUAAGAACUUCACUCAACAACUACAACAAAGACCAAAAUCAGAACUGCUGAUGUGGCUACUGUGCCGGGAAUGGACUCAUGUUGGUGUGUCAGGUCUUAGGGUAUCAGUACUUCAGAACCCUGCAGUGAUUUUGUCUCUAAAUUCACGUACUGUACCUCUAUACGUGAAAAUAAAAUGUCAUCCUCUUUUCUAA